AUGCACACACUCGUCAUCGUCAAGCUCAUCAUCUUCGGCUCACAACGGCCGCCAUCGCCAUCGCCAUCGCCGUCGUCAUCGCCGGAAGAGGCGCGGCGCCGAGCAAGAGUGGCUGCGAUUGCGGCCAUGGAGGCCGAGCUCCAAGCGCUGCAACGGGAAGAAGCCGAGGAAGAGGCUACUGAAGCCUAUGCCUCGAGCUGGCAAGGCAAACUAGCUGCUGCCCAUGACGACGACCUUCGUGCGGCUCGUGUGCUCAACCCGCUUGCGGCAGCGGAUGAGCUCGUGGUCGAUGACCGCGACCUGCCCGACCUCCGCAUGACCUCCGACGAGUGGGAUGCCUUCUACGCCCGCUACGAGGCACGCAAGCGGAACAUAGACGCUGCCGCCAAGGCCCAUGCUGCCGCAUUUCAUGCUGCUAAUGCAGAGCGUGAGGCGGCGGCGGCGGCGGCAAAGACCGUCGCAACAUGGGCUCGCCUCUCGGCUCCAGACGCCACCGAGCCCAUCGCCUUUGCUGACAUUGCCUUUCCCGAUCUGGACGGUCUUGGCCUGGAUGCCCUCCUUGCCGCCGAUGCUGCCGCUGCCGACAGCGGUCAGGCCUCUAGCUCUGUGCCUGGUGGUACUGCUGCUGCUCCUGCUGGUCGAUCGCGUCCGGCCUCACACAAGGCUGCCCUCCGUGCUGCCUUUCUUGCCUGGCACCCGGACAAGUUUGUUCAGCGGUACGGUGCCCGGCUUGUGCCCGAUGAUGCCGAUCGCAUCAUGGCGGCGGUGACCGCCACCGCCCAGAAGAUCUCCGCCCUCAAGGCCGAGCUGAUGGCUGGCCGCUGA